CGCUGUAGCGCCCGAGGAGUCGCACCGCCGUAAACUGGGCGACUUGCGGACCUAAGGCUGUGCCUAAAUUGCCAAGAAUCUCGCGGCCAUCUUCACCAUGGCUGGCAGACCGGGCGAAAUCGACGUCUCCAAGCCUAUCAAGCACAUGUUGGCCUUCAUCGAGCAAGAGGCCAACGAGAAGGUUCAAGAGAUUGACGCCAAGGCCGAGGAGGAGUUCAACACGGAGAAGGGCCGCCUCAUCCAGGAACAGCGCAUCCUCAUCAUGAACUCGUUCUCCAAGAAGGAGAAACAGGUCGAGCGCCAGCGCAAGAUCCAGAGCUCGCACGUGAAGAACGCGGCGCGGCUGCGGCUCCUGGGCGCUAUGGACCAGCACGUGACCAAGGUGCUCGUGGAGGCCAAGUCCUACCUCGGGCAGAUCACGAGCCAGGGCAGGCACUACCAGUCAUUUCUCGAGAAGCUCGUGCUGCAGGGCCUCCUGAGAAUCAUGAAAGAGGACGUGGUGGUGAUCUGCCGCAAGCAAGACGUCGCCCUCGCGAAGCCAGUGGUGGACAGCGCGGCCAAGAAGUUCCGGGACAUGACCAAGCUGAGGGUCAAGGUGUCUGUAGACCCGGAGAACUUCCUGCCGGAUCCCUGCUUCGGCGGCGUGGUGCUGGCCGCGUCCGGGGGCCGCGUGAUCCUCUCGAACACGCUCGAGAGCCGGCUGGAGCUCAUCUCGCAGCGCAUGCUGCCCGACAUCAGGUCGGGCCUCUUCGGCAAGAACCCCCGCCGCAAGUACUACGACUAGCGACUGCCGCCCAGCCAUCGAGGAACGGAGAUCACUUCGCGAAAUAAAACUGCGCUAUUUUGUUCGAACUAAGGAGAAUCUACACGUCACUCGAGUAGGCGACGGGCGCCUGCGUUUCAAUGACUGUCGUGAGCCCGUGCAUAAAGUAAGAGGUUCGACGAAAGUUCGUCUGGUCGGGGAUGAUCGUGGCAGGGUUACGUAAGAAACGCGGAUUGGGAUCGCUUAGGCAAACCAUAGGGCUAAGAUAUCUUUUUUUUUUUAAUGAAACUAGAAAUUUCGAUUGCCCCACUGAACGCUAGCCCACAAUUUUGAAAUGUAUAACUGAUCCUUCUUUUAAAUCACUUUUGUCUAUCGAUCGGCGUCCGUGCCAGGCGGUGCAGAACGCUCUUGCUUUUUAUGUUUGUCCAUGUUCUAACUUGUGCCCGAGUCUGUCUGGGACAAUUAUAACGGCGUCCAACCAGCGCUGUCUGCACCAAGCGUUGGUGAGUGAGCGCUGUGUUUGUUU